AUGGUGGCGGUGUUCGUCCUGGGCGCGGCGACGCUGGGGACGGUGGUGAUCAACGUGAAGCGAAACGCGAUGAAAAAGAUGUCGGGAUCGAUGUUUGAGGACGAAGCGCGACGCGCGGCGGCGGCGAAGGAACGCGUGGAUGGGAUCGCGAAAUUGCUGGAGGAGGUGAACGCGAAGGCGAACGCGGCGGAGGAGAAGCUGGAGGCGGCGAUGCGGGAGAAGAACGCGAUCGAACGCGUGCUCGAGGAGAUGGAGAGAACGAAGGCGAAUAUGAAGGUUGAGAACAUGGAGUUGAGAGAUUCGGUGACGGUGUUGAAGAAUGAUUUGAACAACGCCACGGAACGACAUCAAUUGGUGGUGCGAAAAUGGCGCGACGAGUUGGUGACGUAUCGGGAGAAGAGUCCGCAAGAUUUCUUGGCCGAAGUCAUCGGGUUAGUGAGUGAUAUGGAUAACGAAGUGACGAUUGAGGUCAUUCCUCCCGAAGCUCCGAGAGCGGCGAAGGUGCACGAAGAAGUUCGCUUGGAGGAGUGCGAGUGGGAAUACAAUCCGCGCCUCGCCGUGGCGGAUUCGACGCGCUUGUUGAUGCUCGCCAACAGUGGACGUGUAGUCAAAAAGACUCGCGAGGAGAAGGUGAAGAAGGUGACGGGCGUCAAACCCGUCGCCUCGCCUCACAGAGCGACGACGCCCACGCGCGCGGCGCUCGGCAAGCUCACCAACACCGGCGUGCAACGCGCUCAAGGCGUCGCUCACAAGGCGGCUCGCUUGGUGCAAGCCAACCACGUGGCGAAUACCCCGCCGCCGAAGGUUGCCACGUCCGAUCGUUCGAUAGAGUUUGGCGAGUGCUUACUUUUCGAAAAGCAACUCAAGUCGCCCGUGCGUGCGCCCAAGAUUGGCGGCGGGCGAGCGGGCGUCAUCGGCGGUUUUGAAGCCGAAGACGUCAUGCCGUUGCCGUCGAGUCCGGCCACCAUCAUGGAUAUCGCCAUCCGUCGAUAA